AUGGUUAACUUUAUAUCAUUUAUUGGUCUCCUUUUAGGUGCUGCUGGCGCUGCUGCUGCUACAUCCAAACAACCACCUACAACACUUCAAAUUGGAAUCAAAGAAAAAGCUGAUCCUUGUUUACAUACAGCGCAAAAUGGUGAUAACCUGAAAAUGCAUUACGUUGGAUCGUUAUUCGAACAAGGUACCGUUUUUGAUUCGAGUAGAAAGCCUGGUAGGCAUCCUUUUACCUUCAAAUUGGGUGCGAAUCAGGUCAUUUCUGGCUGGGAGCAGGGCGUUCUAGGCAUGUGUCAAGGCGAGAGACGCAAAGUAACAAUACCGCCUGCACAGGGAUACGGGAACAGAUCUAUUGGUCCUAUCCCUGCUGGUUCUACUCUUGUUUUCGAUAUUGAGCUUCUUGACGGUGCGACGGGUCCUGGAAAAGUAACACAUGAGGAAUUGUAG